ACCCUUGAGAAAAUAUUUUACCUGAUACAUAAUAACAGUCCACAUGUGCUCAUUUACCUGGGUUCGAGCCUUUUCACGAAGCUACAAAAAGCAGCCUGUUGAAUGAUAUGGUCAAAUCCAAACUCACUCAAUCUCUGAGCAAAUUGACGGAUCCCCUAUCCGAGGAAACAGCUUCUGCGUGCAAUGAGCUAUUCCCUGCUACCAAAGAAUGGCAUGAGAUGACCUUGAAAGACGGGUUGCUCGACCUCGUCGCUCGUCUUUCUGCAAGAGUAUUCCUCGGAGAUGAAGAAAUCACUCACAAUGCGUCGUGGCUCGGAAUUACCAAGAGCUACACAGUGGACUCAUUCCUUGCAUCCCAUGAGCUUAGAACUUACCCAAGGUUUUUGCAAACUAUCAUUCAUUGGUUCCUACCAAGGGCUCAAAAAGUGAGAGCGCAGCUCAAGGAAGCGGAGUCCAUCAUAAAGCCUGUCAUGGAGAGACGACGUGCCGAGAGGGCAUCUUCUACUGGACUGGCUGAAAAGUCUGAUACAAUCGAAUGGACUGAGCAGAUAGCGCGGGAAAGGAAGCUUCAAUAUUACCCGGCCGCCUUUCAACUCAACCUGGCUGUGUCAGCGAUUCACACGACAACAGACUUGUUGGCACACACCGUGUACUGCCUUCUGCAGAAUCCCGAGUUCAUUCAGCCUCUUCGGGACGAGAUCAUCUCCGUAGUAGCAGAGGGGGGACUGAAGCAUGCCUCUCUUUACAAGCUCAAGUUAAUGGACAGCGUCGUCAAGGAGGCACAAAGACUAAAGCCUCCCAUGUCAGUCAACAUGAAUCGCGUCGCGAUGCGUGACACGCGUCUGCCAGACGGGACUCUCAUACCUAAAGGUACAAAGGUCGGCGUCUCUUGCCAGGCAAUGUGGGAUGCGAGUGUGUAUCCGGAACCGGAGAAGUUCGACGGAUACCGAUUUUUGCGCUUGCGAGAGCAGCCGGGUAAUGAUAACGCGUGGCAACUGACGACAACCCGCCCCGAGCACAUUGCUUUUGGACAUGGCAAGCAUGCUUGCCCUGGUCGAUUUCUGGCUGCCAACGAGAUCAAGAUUGUGCUCUGCCACAUGUUGCUCAAGUACGAGUGGCAGCUGAGUGCCUCUAGUCCACAGCCCAAGAUUUUCACCAGUGGAAUUAUGAUGGAUUCGGAUCCGACGGUGAAGGUUAGCAUGCGAGGACGUAGGGCAGAGGUUGAACUAUAGUAGGAAGUGAUGCUGGGGAGUGUCUUGAGAAAGAAAGGCGAGGUUGGGCCGCACAUGAAACAACUUUCUCGAUCGCAUAGCCAUAUUCAGCUGGCAGUGUGCAGAGUAAAUGCGAAUAAUAUUUCCUGAUUAUAUAUU